AGAGUCAGACUCCACUCCUCCUGAGAAGAAGAAGAAGCAGCAGCAGCAGCAGCAGCAGCAGCAGCAGAGGGAGGAUGGCCUGUGCGUUCGGCUGAUCACAGGGCAGCGAGGUUGGGCCAUGGAGAAACUAAAAGGUCCCGCCGAGGGAUGCACUAUGGCCACCUGUGGAUGGAGAGCCCUGCUUCUCCCACAGCUGAACAGACAGUCGCUGUACGUGUACGGCAGCGAAGUGGCCGUGGAGAAGGAAUGCAUCCGACAGCUGGAGAGCGGAGUCUUUGUCAUUCACCCUUUCAGCCUCAUGAGGAGUUACUACAUCAUGUGCAUGAUGGCCAUCACGUUUCUGAACCUGAUUGGGAUUCCCAUGGAGAUAGCUUUUCUGGAUGGAAACAGCGGGCUGGCGUGGGAAGGAUUUAACGUGUUCUCAGACACGCUGUUCCUGAUAGAUGUGGCUCUGAAUUUUCGGAUGGGCAUCAUAACAGAGGACGGGGAGGAAGCUAUUCUGGACAUCAAGCGGAUCCGAGUCAGUUACCUGAGGACAUGGUUCAUACCGGAUGUUAUAGCUGCUUUCCCAAUCGGCUACAUUCUGCUGUUUGCGGACUUGCAGUACCACAACGAUGACAACCCCUCCAAGACCAACAAGAUGAUGAGGAUACUGAUGUUUGUGCGGAUCCUCAGCUUGAUCCGACUCGCUCGAGUGUCCAGACUCGUCAGGUUCUUCAACGAAGUGGAGAAAGUGUCCAAUGCAAACCUGGAGGUGGUCCGCCUCUUCUUCCGCAUCUUGUCUCUGUUCAUGAUGAUUUUCCUGCUGUGUCACUGGAACGGCUGCAUCCAGUACUUUGUGCCCAUGCUGGAGGAGUUCCCCACUGACUGCUGGGUCCGCAAAGAAAACCUGAUGAAUGCCACAGUGAUCGUGAAGUACUCAUGGGGAGUUUUUCGAGCUCUCUCCCAGAUGAUUGCUCUCUCUUACGGCUCCAUGGACGCUCCAACAAACUAUGUUGAAAUGUGGAUCGUCAUGGUCAGCAUGGUGUCCGGCUGUCUGAUGUACACCGUCCUCGUGGCCAACGCUACAGCCAUGAUCGCCAACGUCGACCCGGCGGCCAAGGAGUACAAGAGCAAGAUGAGCCGUUUGGAGCACUACAUGACCUUCAUGAAGCUCCCACCUGAACUGCAGCUUCGCAUCAACAACUACUACCAGGCUCGCUACGGAGGGAAGUGGUUUGAUGAGAAGGACGUCAUAGACACAGUGUCCUCGGCACUGAAAGAGCAAAUCCUGAUGGUGAUGUGCAGCCGGCUGCUGAGAAAAGUGCCAAUAUUUCAGAGCAGAGAUGAAAACUUCAUCAAUGCUGUCCUCCCCAAACUGGACUACGAGGUUUUCCAGGAGGGAGACGUCAUCGUCCGACAGCACGUCCCGGGCGACCGCAUGUUCUUCAUCGACCACGGCCAGGUCCUCAUGGAGACUGACUCCUACGAGAGGGAACUGUGUGAUGGAGACUUUUUUGGAGAGACGUGCGUGCUGACCAAAGGCAAACAUCUGGCCACGGUGAAGGCGCUGACCGACUGCCAGUGCUUCUCUCUGUCCUGUAAGGACUUUCGGGAUGUGCUGGAGGGCUUCCCAGAUGUCAAGAAGGACUUAGAAAAAAUGGUUCAGCUCAACUCGGAUGGUGAGCUCGUAUAAGAGCAAAAACAGUACUUGGACUUCUUUACUUUAGGAAAAGGACAGGAGGUGCGGAAAUUUCCUGGACGAUUUAUGUUGUCAUGGGAUGGACAGUAAGACUGUGGCUGAGUCCUCAUUAGGAUAUGUGGACACUUAUUCAUGGAUGAGAUGGACACUUUUAGUUUUCUGUCUUCUAAACUGUCAGUUAUAAGCAAUAAACAAUAACCUCAACAGUAAAGACGGGUCAAACAGUUGAUCUCUGCUUCCUUGUUGAUGUUGCUAUUUAGCAUUGAUGUUUGGAAAGUCAAUGCAUGUCUUAGUGACAAAACAAGACGGACUUAGUAAACACUGAAGGGACAUUUUGAUCCGCUUGUUUUUCCUUGUUUUGGCCGUAAUUCCUAUCAACACUGUACUCCUCGAGUUAACUGCUGAGAUCUGCAAACAUGUCAACGUUGUUGAAACAGAAGUGAGAUUGGGAAAGAAACACAAGCGGUCAGACAAACAUAGUUUUAAACAAAUUACUACCCAACAGUUCAAAAAUACUUCACUGUUAAACUGAACUCUGGUUCAACUUUGAUCUUCAGUUAAUUUAGAUAAUUUGGCUAAAGUUAAAACAGCAGCUGUCUGACUUCUUGUGUUUCUUCUCCCUCUGGACUUUGUUGUAUCUAUCAGCAUGUUCAUGAAUGAGCAUGAAUGUCUGUACAAAAUUUGAAUCCAUCCGUUUUUUUGUUGAGCUACCGUCCGAACGUUACCAUCCCUGGACCUCCAAUACUGAGUAAAAAUACUGUAUUGAGUAUCAGCGAGUACGCAAGUCUAUGCAUUGAUCCAACACCAUGUAAUUUAUUAAUAAACUUGGACAAAGUUACAGUUUUCCCAAAAAUCAAUUCUUAUUAGCUGCCGUGAAACUGUAGCCUACACAGGAAGUUGAUGUGUGCAGCCACCGGCAACUACUCCUUAAGAGCAGUGAAGAAGAAUUGAUUUCCGGUAAACAGCAUAGAGUUACUUUUCUAAUAUUACACUGGAGAGUCCCACCAGUAAAAAGCCAACGUGUACAGUAUGAAAGGCUUUAAUUUCGAGGGGGCGGCUCUAGUGUUAGGACGACUAGUUAUAGGGAUUGUUAUUCCUAGAUUUAUUUUUUUUUAAUGAUUGACAGUCAAAUAAUAAUAAAAGAAAUAUUCUAUGGCA